AUGCUAGGUAACAGAAUCGAGAUUAGAGACAUGAAAUCAGUCCUAUUGGAGAGUUUGAAGAAUUCCCAGCUUGGAGGAGAGUCAUUCUUGCAGAAUAAUAAUACUGGUGGACUUGGAAUGAAUUUGCCAACUGUUGAGGCUCAAUUAGAAUAUUCAGCUAGUUUCAAUAACCCCCCAGCCAGCACUAAUUAUAAUUAAAAGAUGCCUAUAUCUGAAAUUCAAAAUAAACUCUAAAAAUACUCUUAAUCUGUGAAACCUAAUUAUUCAUCCUAAAAUAACAUAAAUAAAAUAGUAGUUGAAUCUAACAGCAAGGAUGGCAGUAGUGGUCAUAAGAAACGACUUUCAAUUAAUUCCCUAAAAUAAAAAUCUUCUCAUUAUAUAGCCGCGUCUUAACAAAGCAGUAACACAAAUCUUGCUGGAAUAAAUGGAUAUUUUAAAAUGCCCAAUCUGGAUGAUAAGUAGCUCAAGGGAAGUACCAUUAUCAAUUCGUCUUUAUACAGAGUUAAGGAUUUAUACUAAAACAAUAAUCUGAAUGCACCAAUUGUGCCAGGAUAAACUCAAACUGACAUACCAGCCAAUCUUCUAAGUUUCAACAGUUCAUAAAAAUCUCCAGGGACUAUUAAAAUUAAAAGUAGUGCAUAAAAAAAUCAAGCUAAUAACAAUACUAUGAAUCAACUUUUGAAUUAAAAUUUGAUAAAUAUGGGAACAAAGCAGCAAAGUAAUUAGAAGAGUGGACAUUUAUUUAGUUAUAAUGAGAUCAGGGAUCAGAAAAUGAAUUCAUAGCCGAAUAACAGAAAUAGAGGAACUCAAGGAUCUAAAUCGAUUGUAUAGAAGCAGCAACAAUCAAAUUUCUACAUUAAAUAAAACAGAGAAUUCAAUGAAAACGACGUAUCCUAGAUACUCGUAAUAUAAAACUUGAUUACUUAAGGACCUUAUAACAGAAAGAUACAUUUCAUUCAAUAAGGAUUGCACUCAUAAAAUAAUCCUCAGCAGAUUUAAGAAAAGUUUACAGAAAGCAAGUUACAAUCAAGAGAUAGAGACAGACAUACUAACAUAAAUUUAGUUGGAACUCCUCUAGAUAAAAAGCGAAAUGUAAAUGACACAGAAUUAUUUGCUGCAGAUGACAUUUUCAACAUAUUUGUUGGAAGUAGAUCUAAAUAAAAAUAAGUAGGACUAAUCAAAGCAUAAAGCACUUAAGAAGCAUAAAGUAAUGCCUUAGAAGAAAAACCAUUGGAUUAAAUUUAACCCAUCAUUUGUAAGUCUCCCUCGUCUGAAUAUGAUAUAAUUAAGCAUACAAUAACUUCGAGUCAGUCCUAUACCAGAGUAGUGCAUAACUAAAAAGAUAUUCUGUAGCCAGUGAGAUAGCAACUAAAUCAACAAUAAAAACUUCCAUUUUUAAGGCCAAGACAAUAUGCUUAAAAUCAGAUAGUUUAAAAGGGUAAAUCUCUGAAUGAUGUAAUAUAGAACAAACUGGAGAACAAAUCUGAAACAAUCAUUAAUGAUGAGAAAAAUCCAUAAAUGUCAACUACAGCAACAAGCACUGGAAGCUAAUGCACUACUACCAUAUCUAAUUACUACUAGGAUGCUAAAAGAGGUUCAAAAUCUGAUAAUAGACUUGGUGUUCUCAAGUAAAAUCAAUUAAAAGCCAAUAUUAAUUCAGAAUUAAUUAAAGAAGCUGUUGGAACUUUAUCAUAGUAGAAUGAUAAAGAUUCAGCAUCUAACCAAUAAAAAUAGCUCAAUUAUUUAAAGUAGAAAUCUGAUAGGGUUUAGUCGACUAAUCUUAAACGAGGAGUCAGACCUGUCAUUUAUAGAAACGAUACCAUAAAAGAGUCUGUAACUGAGGAGAGUAAACUUGACAACAAUCAAGUUAGCUCGAAUGUGUAAUAGCUUUAAGCAAUAAGAUUACCAAAGAGAGUCAAUAACCCUUAUGAAGAAUAAGCAAAGGAAUAUGAAAGAAUGCAAUAGUAAAGAGUAGAAGCAAGACAAAAGUAUAGUGUUAUAUCGGCCAAUUAAGAUACCAGACAAAAAAUAUGGAAGUUCAUAGUAAAGGAAGGAAAUAACCAUCACAUUAUUAAACGAAUACUAAGUAAUAGAUAGAUGAAUCCAGAGACAAGUCAAGUUUAUUGGGAUGAAGCCUCUAAUUAUGACAAUUUAUUCAAUUUUAAAUGGUAGCCAUUCUCAAAUGGUCUCAAAUAUGAAUAUGUUAGUAAGUACGGAUAGAAAUAAAUGGUUAAUCAUAUCUAAGGUCAUGAAAAUUUGACUACCAAAGACUUGCUAUUCAUUAAUCUUAAGGCUCAUUGCGAGAAAAGUUAGCUAAAUGUAUUUGAUUAGAUGCCCCUUACUUUUAUCCUUGAUUUCAAAUCUGAUCACAUUCAAGAUUAGUAUGACUAGUUUAGGAGUGUUUUCAAAAUUAUAGAGUAGAAUAUUGAUUCUACAGCAGAUGAACUGUCAAAUAAAAUAUAAUAAAUUCAAUUCUAAAAUGAGAGGAAAUCCUAUCAAUCAAAGAAUUAGUAUAAGUUAUUACACAGCUCUCAUGAUCACUAGAAUUUAUGGCUUCUAAAGCCCACUGGCCUCAACAGAGGUAGGGGCAUUCAUAUAUUCAAAUAAAUAGAUGAGUUAAAGUAAAUUCUUUUGGAAUACUAUGACAUUAAAUGGUAGAACCAAUAAACUACUCCUGGAUAAACGAUUAAGAAACCAACCAGUGAAGAAAAUAAAGAAGAGAUUGAAGCAUAGUAAUAAAAAUAUAAGAGCUUUGGCUUCGUAAUUCAAAAAUAUGUAGAGCGGCCAUUAUUAUUUAAGGGCAGAAAAUUUGAUGUUAGAGUUUGGGCAUUGAUUAACUAUGAUUAGAAAUGCUAUGUUUUCAAAACAAGUUGUGAAAAUUAUAAUCUCUCAAAUGACAAUCUGGACAAAAUAUAUGUUCACUUGACUAACAAUGCUAUUUAGAAAUACUCUGAUAACUAUGGGAAAUUUGAAGAUGGAAAUCAAAUAUCUUUGCUUGAAUUAUCAAGUUUCCUAGCAACUCAGGAUUGCAAUACAGAAGAUAUGAAUGGCUAUGAGAUAAAAAAUAAUUUAGAAUCACAGCACAAAGAACUCAUCAUUAGCAGCCUGCAAUCGGUGAAAUCUAAAUUAAAGUUCACCAAAUACACCUUUGAAUUGGUUGGCUACGAUUUCAUUAUUGAUGAAAAUCUGAAGAGUUAUAUUAUAGAGGUGAAUACAAAUCCCUGCAUUGAGGAAUCCUCUUAGCUUUUGAAAAUGCUAUUGCCCAGAAUGAUUGAUGACAUGUUCAAACUUACGAUCGAUCAAGUUUUUCCAAUUAACAUUGGCUCAAAUAAUCAAAUAUCUCCUUUCAAAGUCAUUGACUACCCAGAUGACAUAAAUAUGUGGGAAUACUUAUAUACCAUACCUUAAAAUUGA